AUGAACCUGAACAAGCAGCGUCCAAAGCUGUACAAGUUCAACCUGAAUAACCAGCGUUCGAAGCUGUGCAGGUUCAAGAAGAGUUGCCAGAGUAUGAACCUGAACAACCAGCCGUUCGAAGCUGUGCAGGUUCAAGAAGAGUUGCCAGAGUAUGUACCUGAACAAGCAGCGUCCGAAGCUGUACAGGUUCAAGAAGAGUUGCCAGAGUAUGUACCUGAACAAGCAGCAUCCAAAGCUGUACAAGUUCAACCUGAACAACCAGCGUUCGAAGCUAUUCAGGUUCUAGAAUGGUUGCCAGUGUAUGAACAACCAGCGUUCGUAGCUACUCCGGUUCUAGAAGAGUUGCCAGUGUAUGAACAACCAGCGUUCGAAGCUAUUCAGGUUCUAGAAUGGUUGCCAGUGUAUGAACAACCAGCGUUCGUAGCUAUUCCGGUUCUAGAAGAGUUGCCAGUGUAUGAACAACCAGCGUUCGAAGCUAUUCCGGUUCUAGAAGAGUUGCCAGUGUAUGAACAACCAGCGUUCGAAGCUAUUCCGGUUCCAGAAGAGUUGCCAGUGUAUGAACAACCAGCGUUCGAAGCUAUUCCGGUUCCAGAAGAGUUGCCAGUGUAUGAACCACCAGUGCUUGAGCCUUGAGGCAACAGUGAGCUACGGCAUUCUACGUUAAUGUGCAUGCACAAUGUACCUUGAUAACUCCCUGGAAGAAAUAAGGGCUUGAUAACAUUCGCUGAAAAUGACGCGUUC